AUGGAUAGUAAAAAAAACUCAAAGGACACAGACGGCGGCAAGCCCAAGUUUUCCGAAAAGAUCUCCAACUAUUAUGACAAUGUCAAGUCACGAUUACUGGGCAACGACCUGACAGGCAGACGACAAACAUACCAGGAGAACUCGUUCGGGGCGGAGACGUCACUGACUGGCUUCAAGAGAGAUCAUGCAGAACUGCACCUGAAACCUGUCAACGUAGAUCUGUGCCGGCCCCAGAACCGACAGGCCCAUCACACGGCUGAAUAUGAAGCCCCUAACCUCAUCAUUCGACGAGGCCAGCCAUUCGACAUCACCAUUGACUUCAAUAGGAAUUACAUCAAAGGACAGGAUUCCAUUUCUCUGAAAUUUAUUACAGGGACCAGGCCAUCACAGAGCCGAGGCAGUGUCAUCUCCGUAGUUCAGGGGGACAAGCUACAGGAGGGGCACUGGGGCUUCGAGUUGUCCAAAGUGCAUGAUAAGUCAGUGACCCUGCGCGUGAGCUCACCCUGCGAUGCUAUCGUGGGCAGGUAUGAGCUGUUCAUUGACACCACUCACCAGAAGAACGAGGCUCCGGUCAAGUACCGCCACAAGAAUCCAGAUGAUAUCUUCCUGCUCUUUAACCCUUGGCAGAAAGAUGACGCUGUCUAUGUCUCAUCGGAGACCGAUCGCAAGGAGUAUGUACAGGCAGAGACCGGCCGAAUCUGGCUGGGGUCCCAGGAGAAAAGUUACCCCAGACCCUGGAACUUUGGCCAGUUUGACUAUGUGUGCCUGAUUGCUGCAGUCUCCAUCUUGGAUCGUUCGGAGAUCACUGACAGAGCCAGAGCCAACCCUGCCUUGGUGGUGCGAGCCAUCUGUAGAGGUGUAAACUACACAGAAGGAGCUGAAGGUGUGAUCCAGGCCAGUUGGUCAGGGAAAUAUGAUGAUGGGGAAGCUCCGUACUCAUGGACCAGUAGUCCAUCCAUCCUUGAGGAAUACAUCAAGACAAGGAAAGGGGUCAAGUAUGGACAGUGUUGGACAAUGGCAGCGGUCACUACAACUUUACUGAGAACUCUGGGUAUCGCUUCCCGAUGUGUGACAUGCUACAAGUCGGCUCACGACAGCGACUACAGUGGGGCCAUCAACAUGCACUGGUCACAUGACCUGAAGCCAAGAACAGAAUUGGAUGAUGGCAUUUGGAACUUCCAUGUGUGGAACGAGGCCUGGUUCUCCCGAUCUGACCUACCACCUGGCUAUGAUGGCUGGCAGGCACUGGAUCCAACCCCACUAGACUGUAGUGAGGGCGUUGUUACCUGUGGCCCUGCCCCUGUCAAAGCCAUCCUCCAAGGUGACCUUCACAUUGGCUUUGACUCCAAAUACCUGUUUGCUGAGCUCAACGGUGGCAGCGUCUACUGGCAGGUGGACAUCCAUGGUGACAUGGAAGCUUUCAUGGAAGGAGGUUCUGUUGGUGGUGCUGUCUGCACAAAAUCAGUUGGAACUGCCUCAAAGGAGGACAUAGCUGCCAGUUACAAACAUUCUGAAGGAAGUAAAGAAGCGAAGGAAGUUCUGGAAAAAGCUGGGAAACUCUGCAGCAGAAAGACACCAGUGAUUUCCCAGAGUUCCAAGCGAGACGUUGAGUUUAAAGCAAAUGGCGGGAUGGACAAGGGUGGUGAUAUCAAGCUUACCUUGCAAGUUCAAAAUGUGGGGUCAGAAGGACGCAUCGUUGAUGUGUACCUUGGGGCUUUUUCUUCCUUCUACACGGGAUUGACGUCUGCAGAACUGAAGAAAGUGGUCUCCUCUCUGGUGCUGGAACCUAAGAAAGUUGACAGUGUGGUUCUGGAGCUCAAGUGUUCAGAGUUUAUCGGACAGAAGCUCACAGACAGUAACGUGACCUCCUACAUCAUGGCCAAGGUCCGAGAGACUGGACAGAGAUUUGCCCAUGUCCAGUCAUACUGCCUUGACCACCCUCACUUGGAAAUCAAGACUGACAGCAAAGUCAUCCUGGGGAAGAACGUCACAGCCGUGAUCAAGCUAAAAAAUACACUUUCAGUUCCACUGACUAAUGGGGUCAUGUCUGUAGAUGGACCCGGUGUGGUUAAAGAAUCCAGCGUAAAACUCAAGAAACAGGUGGAACCAGGGGAGGAAAUCAGGGAAGCUGUGUCUCUAACUACCAGACGGGCAGGGGUCAAUGAGGUCAUUGUGACCUUUAACUGCCAACAAGUCUGUAAUGUUGCAGCAGCCACAGAACUAGAAAUUGUCAAGAGUUAG